AUGUCGAAGAAACGGACAAUUGACAGCUUCUUUGGUUCUUCCAUCAAGAAACAAAAGACGAGCAACAUUGAGAAUGAGCAGGUUCUCAAAUCGGAGCAUUCUACAUAUCCAUUUCCCAUACUCCACCUCCCACAAUCAAUGAGCAAAGAGAUCGCCUCUUACCCAGCAGUUCCCGCUCGCGCAAUCAAUAAUCAACCGGAUCUGGACUUGCUGUACUUUGAGCCGUAUAUACCCCCAUACGUAGCCAAAGACUUGUUUGACUUUCUUCGCUCAAGCCUUCCCUUCUAUAGAGUGGAAUAUACAACUGUCUUUGGGCUCGACGACACAAGCCGCUUCGACGAAGCCGGCAAUGUAGUCGACGCCAAGACCUCCAAGCCCGUACCGCCGGGUGCCUACGCGCGGUACAAGCCGCGCCCCAUCCCUGCAUGCCUGGAGGCCUUACGCCGGUCUACCGAGGCCGCGACGGGCUGCGUCUUCAACUUCUGCCUGGUCAACUACUACGCCUCAGGUGCCGACAGCAUCUCCUACCACAGCGACGACGAGCGGUUCCUCGGCCGGGACCCGGCCAUCGCCUCCUUUUCGCUGGGAGCCAGGAGGGACUUUAUGCUCAAGCACAAGCCGACACCGGGGGCGACGGCCGAGGCGGCAUCGGCGUCGUCGAAACCGCCGUUGAAGCUGCCCCUUGCCGGGGGCGACAUGGUCCUGAUGCGGGGCCCUACGCAGGCAAACUGGUUGCAUUCGAUACCGAAGCGGACGGGGAAGAACGAAAAGGAUGGAGGCAGGAUAAAUAUCACUUUCAGGCGGGCUAUGGUCAAGGCGGGUACAGAUAAUUAUUACAAUUACAAUGUGGGAAAUGGAAGUGUACAUGUCUGGGAUAAGGCUGGAAAGGAGAUGGUGCUAUGGAAGCCCUGA